ACCGCUUAACUUAUGGCACCUUUCAUCGAAAAUAUCUCCUUCUACUGGGUUUGUCAUAAAAUCUUCAAGGGACAGAAUAAGACUUUACGUUGUACGUCAACGUUACGUUGUAUUACGAACCCUCAUCCGAAGAGACAUGAAAAACAAACUUCAUCUAGCAUGGAGCACGUUCAGGCACACAUCACAAAUCAAAUCGAAUACAACGACGCGACGUGUACGUACAUACUUUCAGGCGCUUUUCGACUCUUUCUGGCAAGAGCACAUUCUAACCACCUGUCUCCCCCACCACAUGUUUGCAACACGUUUUCGAGUGUUUGCCAAAUUCGGCCGAGUGCGACAGGACCCUCAGCUGACAGAUGCUCAAGCAGGAGAAAAAUCAAUUUUAGAAAAGAUGGAAGCGAGCAAUUUUCGGGUUAGGCCAAAUAUAUAAAAUUAUCACUGCAAUUGUGGACAUCUGGUGGCCAUUUGUGUUGCGCUAGGAAUUGUAACUGCUGAAGCCUACAUUUAGGCAUAUUGCGACGGUUGUCGUACACCGCAGGGGAAGAAUUUGGCUUCGAAUAAUGUUAUCGCACUUUAGGCGUGAAAAAUUGUAGAAAGAACCCUUCCCAUCAUUCGAAAAGAGGCAUCCAAACGAAAAGUCUACAUUACGCUGUAUGAAACACAUUUUGUGGCCAUAGUAAUAUCUUGUCAAGGUAACGAUGGUCACUAAGAAGACAGCGGACAUAGAGAAAGAGAGGCUUACUAAGAAAAUGUGUUCAAACAACAGUGGUGGUACUACGGGUGGUUCAGGAUCGGGUAGCGGGGCAGGACCGCUGGUCAGUUUCAGUGUUGGAACUACGCAUCACUCGGCACACAGUCAGGAUGCGCCCAAUAUUUUGGUGUACAGGAAAAUGGAGGCUAUCAUAGAAAAGAUGCAAGCUGAAGGUUCCGGCGUUUCGGUUCGAACGGUGAAGGCAUUCAUGAGCAAAGUGCCAUCUGUCUUCACUGGUGCUGAUCUGAUUGCUUGGAUUACGCAGAAUCUUACUGUGGACGAUGUUAUGGAAGCCUUGCAUUUGGCCCACCUACUCGCAUCACACGGUUACCUUUUCCCUAUCGAUGAUCACCAGCUAACCGUGAAGAACGAUGGAACUUUUUACCGUUUUCAAACGCCCUACUUCUGGCCCUCGAACUUUUGGGAACCGGAAAACACCGACUACGCAAUUUACUUGUGCAAACGUACCAUGCAGAACAAAACGCGCCUUGAGCUAGCUGACUACGAAGCGGAAAACCUUGCCAAACUGCAGAAAAUGUUCUCUCGCAAGUGGGAAUUCAUAUUCAUGCAAGCCGAAGCUCAAAGUAAGGUGGAUAAGAAGCGGGACAAACUGGAGCGCAAGGUACUGGACUCUCAGGAACGCGCCUUCUGGGAUGUCCACCGACCUAUGCCAGGGUGCGUCAACACAACCGAGAUGGACAUCAAAAAGGCCUAUCGGAGGGGUGCUUCGAGUUUGGGGUCCGGUUCAGCGGGCACUGCCGCCAACAGUAAUCCGGCGGAAACCAUGAACAAAAUGAUCAAUCUCUUGAAGCAAAAGCUGGAAAGGCGAACUAUCAAGGUGUCGAAGGUGGCGGAAUCAUACAUGUCGUACUACGAGCAGUACAGUGAAUUUGAUUAUUUCCUAACGGCUCCGGAGUAUCCCAAUCCAUGGCAUACGGAUAGCACGGAAUUUUGGGACACCGAAAAGCAGGGAAAAGAUAUUUCAAUGAAACGAGUUAAACGCUGGGGCUUUAGUUUGAGAGAGCUUCUAAAUGAUCCCGUCGGGCGAGAACAGUUUACCAAAUUCCUAGACAAAGAAUACAGCGGAGAAAAUCUGAAGUUCUGGGAAGCAAUUCAAGACAUGAAGGCCCUUCCGCAGUCGCAGAUCAAGGAUGCGGCCAAUGCCAUCUGGGACGAGUACUUGGCGCCAGAUGCCGCCUGCCCAGUCAAUGUGGACUCAAAAUCACUGGAGAAGGCCCGUAACGCCAUCAAAGAGGACGGCAGUCCCAGCCGCUGGUGCUUCGACGUUGCCGCCGAUCACGUGUUCUAUCUGAUGAAGAGUGAUUCCUACUCGCGUUAUCUGCGCUCCGACAUGUACAAGGAGUACUUGAACGGCUCGAAGAAGAAGACGUCGGUUCGAGGACUUCGUAUAUUUUCUGGAAGAAAAGAUACACCUGUGAUAAAUUAAAGAAACCGAAAUACACGCUAAAAGCAACAGUCAUUUUUCCAUGCCCCCUGGGUGUGUACCGCUGAGUGAAAAUAAAAA